AUGAAGGGGGUGAAUGAGGAGUACUCACGGCUGAUUGGAGAGAAGGAUGCUCACAUCACAAAGUCGGAAGCCGCUAUUCAUCAGAGUGAAGGAGAGAUUCACCGACUGAGAGACUCUGUCACCAGGUAAGGCUAUAACCCCCUUCCACUUACCUCUGACAUACCAGCAGUGUUAAUUUCAUCAGAAAUAGUGACUAACAUAUUCGUGAAACACCUAAUUAUCAAUGGCAAUUGAUGAGACUAUAACUGACUAAAUAGACCCAGAAAAAACUAUAACUAAACAAACAUUAUUUUACAUUUCAGUUGACUAAAACUAGACGAGACAAACUUAUCUCUGUGACAAAUCAGACUACUAAGUGGACUGGACAAGGUUUUUUGGAGAGAUUAUGCUUUUCAGUGAUAAUAAGCACUAAUACUAGCAGCGGUUUUGUUCAGCAGUGGAAAGGAUGCGCCACACCCUGCACACAGCCCACCUCAGCUGGUUAGUUGUGGGGGAGCAAGCGAUGAGUGUGGGCAGACAGGCUCCGCCUCCAAUUAUACACAUUACGCAAGCGACUCUCUUGCUUCCCCGUAGCUAACCAGUCACCAUCAGCCUUCUAGUUAGUUACCUUUUGCCUGGUUAAGAAACACAAGCUGCUUUACGAAAUAAAAAACAAUAGCAGCAUUGAGUUUGAUAGUAAUACAAGUCUAGCUAUGUUUUUCUCCCCUUUGAGUAUAGAAAAGUAGGUGGUCUUUGAAUUUGUUGUCUUGCUCAACCCUCCCACUUUCCCCACUGCAUUUCAUAGCCAGGUUCUGUAGCCAACGUAGCCAAGUCUCCCUCUUUUCCUGUUAGAAAACGGCUUGAUUAUAUCCCUUACCGUUCAAAAGAUAUGACCCAUAAUACCGCCGCGACGUUUUCUAUUUCUAUUGUGCAUUGGCGGGCUGCAUUUUACAUUCAUAAAGCAAAUUGUGGGCCGUUCUAAAACCAGGCUACUUGCGGACCGGACCGUUAACCAUAUGUUUAGGCUACACCUUGUUCAGCCAUGUCCCCUCAUUUAGUAUGGCUGUGGCGGUCAUUACAUUUUGUCAGCCGGUGAUUGUCAAACAAAUAACUGCCGGUCUCACAGUAAUUGACCGUUAAUUAACAUAAUUAACACGUUUAGCCUCUCCUGGCUUCCACGCAUAACCUACAAGCCACUAAUGCAGACCUUUGGAACAUCUACAUUUAAAAAAGUCUAAUAAAUCCAUGUAAUAUAGCCUACACCAUCACAAUAAAUCCAUUAUUUAUAUUAGACAGGUCUAAAGAAACAUGAUAUGAACAAAAUGUAGUCUAUUUCAGAAGAACAGAAUAACAUACUGAGUUGUCCUUAUGUUAAGCCCUGAUAUGGCUAUGCCAAAUGGCUGUGGGCUACACUAGUUAAUUUAGCAGACAAGAUUUGCUUAGAAUUCCAUGGCAUUCUUUUUUUAUUAUUUUGAAGUAUGAAGAAUACAAUUGAACAUAGCUUAAUAAAAUAGAAAGGAUAUUUUCUCCAAACGAUUUCAAAGGAAGUGCGCACAUGCGGCUAUUCUGUGUUGAGCGGUUAACAAAGAAACUGUUCCUCCUAUAUGCUUAAUUUAAAUAUAUUUAUGCAACUUUAGUUGUGAUACAAACGUUGGGCUAUAUGUUUGGAUUUUUAAUACAUUCUAAGGCUGCAUGACAGGACUCUAAUGAUGAUUUGAAAAAAGUCGCAUGAAAGGCAUGAGCUCUGAUUUGUUUUUUGUUCAAGCUGCACACACUUUGACAAGCACUUGAUAAUAUUCUCACCAGGCCUCGAAUUACCUGGCAGCAUCUCCCGAGUGGCGCAGCGGUCUAAGGCACUGCAUGUCAGUGCUAGCGGCGUCACUACAGACCCUGGUUCGAUUCCAGGCUGUAUCACAAUCCGGCCGUGUUUGGGAGUCCCAUAGGGCGGCACACAAUUGGCCCAGCGUCGUCCGAGUUUGACAGGGGUAGGCCGUCAUUGUAAAUAAGAAUUUGUUCUUAACUGACUUACCUAGUUAAAUAAAGGUUAAAAAAAGUCAUAAUACUCAAUUAAGAUCUGAUCAUUUAAACAUGUAUUCACAGGACUUGAUUCAUGAAAUGUGUAAAAAACAGUAACGCCAUGUGUCCAAAGACUAAAUAUAGUACAAUAUAAAAAACUCACAUUGUAGACAAACGCCGAUUUAAAAAAUGUAUUCAGAUUUGUCCAUUAGUAAGCUCAGAGAACAAGUGUACUGAAGGAAAUUAUACAUUUUCGGUAUAAAUAAAAUAAAAUAUAAAUUGGUCAUUUAGCAGACGCUCUUAUCCAGAGCGACUUACAGGAGCAAUUAGGGUUAAGUGCCUUGCUCAAGGGCACAUUGGUAUGGACAUGAAUGGGUUAAUGAGGCAAUACUACUGUGAAGUGACUAAAAUGAAAGGGCAUUUAGAUAACUAAAAUUGCCCACGGUUUUCAUCAUUUUGACAAUAACUAGACUAAAUCAUUAUUCAAAUGACAAAAAUGUGACAAUUAUAUUUUAGUCCAAAUUAGUAAGACUAAAAUCUAAGAAAAGAGUGUCAAAAUGAACACUGACUACCGGUAUACUAUUAUACCCCAAACAUAAAACAACCUCUCCAUUCAGAUGAACUAAGUAGUCCCUGUCUCUAAGAUAUAGAAAAAAAAACUCAUCAUACAGAAUGGACAAGACAACUCUGAGUCAAAGGUGAUGCAGUCACAACUAUGUAAUCGUAUACAACUAUGUAACAACCUCUUCCAUUCUCUUAAUCCCUUUCUCUCCCUUCUAAUCGCUCUCCCAUUUAGUGCAGAGGAGGCUCUCUUGGCAGUCCAGGCGGUGCGUGAGGAGCUGAAGAAGAAAUUGGAGCAGGCUGAGGUGGACAAGCAUAUUCAUUACCUCAGGUCGACAGCAGAGAUCGAUGACCUCUCCCGAACCAAGAGCACUCUGGAGGAGCGCCUCAUCGAACUAAUCAAGUACGCCAUAGGCCUAGUGCUUCCCUCCUCUGCAGCUGCCUUGAGCCAUGGGAGGAAAGAGAAAAAGUGACAGCUGCACUUUUGAUCUGUAGAGGGGGAAAGGCUUUGUUUAGAAACUUGAAAGGGUGUUGAUGACUUGUUUUUCCCCUUUGUUUGGUGUGAUCAGAUAGCAUGUUAUGUCUGGUUCUGCCCUCUUGACUGAGCCCUGUGGGGAGUGUGUAUUCUGAGGAUGCUCUCUCAUAGGGAGCACAGUGUGGGUCUUUGAUAUGCCGUCUAACCACUGACAGUCUCAUCUGACUAGAAGGAGGGAAGGGAAAAGAGAUGGAUGGGGGAAAAGGGUAUAAGAAAGUGACACAGAGGAGGGUGACGAAGACGUUGUUUGGAGACAGAUAGAAACCGAUUCUGAAUUCCAAAUCAACCCCUAGGCACUUCUGUAGGUGUGAAAAAAUUGGUUAGGUGUAUCCAAUAUAUGGCGAAAUGGGCAAGAUGAAAGAACUACUGUACUGUAUAUAUUAUACAUAUCCGAUCCGUUAAAAUCUACUGUACAUGAAGUGACUAGGAGUAGUCGAUUUGGAAUUCAGAGUCCACGAUAUCAAGGAGAAAAAGAGUGAGAGGGGGAUAUCAAGGAGAAAGAGAGUGAGAGGGGGAUAUCAAGGAGAAAGAGAGUGAGAGGGGGAUAUCAAGAGGGAGAAGAAAGAAGAGAAAGCAACAGCUCUCGUCUGCUUAUGAUUAUUCAGUUGUUUUGGCAUUAAUUGAUGUUCUCUCUCUCUGUCUCUGCUAUUCGUAGGGGAUAAAACACAAUGCCAGCUCCCCUGGGGUGUCCUUACAUCACUUCAGUGCUUUUGUUUACCGUCUUCAUUUACUCCUUCACUUUUUCCUAUUCCAACUGCUCAUUGGCAGAGAGAUGUACUCCAGAACAGGGGGUUGUUGGAAAGUAGAAUUAGAUUAGGACAAUAUAAACAGAAUAGCAUGAAUAAUGAUUAUGUAGUCCUCAAAUACCCACAAACCAUACAAAUGUAUGAUUCACUCAUUACAAAGACACCAUGCCUGAAAGAACCUAACUGAGCAGAUAAUUGCCAUACUCUGUCGCACUCUGAUGAACAGAGGGGAACAACCAGACUAACUCCCCACCUGUGUAUGUGUGUGUGUACCUGUGUGUGUUUGUGACCUUUUGGGUGCUUUGUACAUCGAUGCUGUACUUUGAUGCUGGAUCCAAACAUUCAAAAUGUAUUCACAGUGUGUAUUUGCUCUGGCAGGGAUAAGGACGUUCUGUGGCAGAAGUCAGAUGCUCUGGAGUUUGAGCAGAAGCUGCGAGCAGAGGAGCGCUGGUUGCAGGACAAGGAGGCCACCCACUGCCUGGGCUGCCAGGGCCAUUUCACCUGGUGGCUACGCCGACACCACUGCAGGUGAGCACUGAGAGGGCACUGACUCACCAAAUGGCCAUAUUACGGGACCCAUAGACAAAGUGUUAAUAGCUAUUAGAAUUUCAUGAGCUGACAGCUCAGACUGGUCAUGUCAGAGAAAGUCUGUGACUUUAGCAAUUGCUGACUCUUUUUUUUCCUUAUUGUGACUUCCACAGACUACGGUCUGACUGGUAAUGAUUGAAGACAUUGUGAUACACCUAUACACCAGUGGAGGCUUCUACAGUAGCCUCAACAGCACUCUGUAGGGUAGCACAACGGUGUAGCCGGAGGACAGCUAGCUUCCGUCCUCCUCUGGGUACAUUGACUUCAAUAUAAAACCUAGGAGGCUCAUGGUUCUCACCCCCUUCCAUAGACUUACACAGUAACUAUGACAACUUCCGGAGGACGUCCUCCAACCUAUCAGAGCUCUCGCAGCAUGAACUGACAUGUUGUCCACCCAAUCAAACAAUCAGAGAAUGAAUCUAGUACUGAAAGCAUAAGAUACAGCAGUGCAUAAAAUGUGGUGAGUAGUUGACUCAAAGAGAGAGAAAGACAAUAGUUGAACAGUUUUUAACAAAUUAAUUCCUUCCAAAAUGAAGGAGAAGCAAGUUUCACUUACUUAGCUAGCGAAUGCAGCUAGCUAGUUUGGCCUACUCAUACACCCUGCUCAAACAGAGGGAUGCUAUGUUAGCUAGCUGGCUAUGACUAUCCAACACAACACUGGAACUCUUCCAAGUCAAGGUACGUUUUUGGUUUUACGAAUGUAUUGCCACCGGGGCCCGCCGGUGUAAGUGCUAAACUGCUUACUGACUGUACACUGUAACAUUACUGCAUGAUUGUAGCAGGUUUACUAACGUGUUAGUUCUAUUAGCUAUGUUGACUAUGACGUUACUUUAGCUAAUAUGGUGACAACGAUGUAGGCUGUGUGUAGCAGUUAUGAUAUGGUUUGGCUUAGAAAGUUUUUUUCACCUGGUCACAUACAGCUGAUGUGUUGUGCAUUGACGUCCACAAGCGACAAAGGGAAAAGAUGAGAGGAGGAGAGCACAUAGAUGGGAGAAGGAAUACAAUGUGGCUGUUAUGAAAGUGAACUGUAUUUGCGCGUGAUCAGGGGUGUAUUCAUUCCGCCGAUUCUGUUGAAAAAUGUUUCUUAAACGGAACAAAACGGGGAUAAACAUACCUGAAUUUGUCCAAUAGAAACUCUCGUUUGCAACUGUUGGACUAAUGAUCACACCCUAUAUCAGCUAGAUGCAGGCAAGAGUGUGCAAGGCGGUAUUGAAUGUGUCACUGUCUGUCCAUGUGUCACUGUCUGUCACCUAAAAAAUGUAUCUCGACCUGUGCACCUAAGUUGUAAACUUUCAUUCAUAGGCUAGAUUGUAGCAACCUCAUGAUGGUGUCGUGACGUGACUUACUUUAAUGUAUGACUGUUAUUUAUCGAAUCACCUAACUAUGUUUAAUUGUCACUCGAUUCAAUUAAUCAUGUAACAAUUAACUCAUUAGGAAUUUGGGGCACCACGGAAGAAGUUGUUUAACGAGUUACCAUUUCCCUAAUUAAACUCUUAGAAGAUAUAUGUUAUAUAUAAUUGAUAACAGUCACGUAUUAAAUAAUUACCUCUUAUCAGUCUCAUUCUGAACAUCGCAUAAUCCUUGAACCUGCAAGAACCCUAACCUUAUUGAUGAAUCAGCAAUACACAAAUUGGCUUAAUUAUUUAUUUACUAACUAAAUAAUAACACAAUACAAAAAAACACAUAGGUUAUUGAUUACUAACGUAAAACAAUGAAAACAGGUCCCUAGUGGACUGGACUAACAAUCGCAUGACUGCUUGGGUAGAAGGAGGGUCAGAAUGGAAGGGAGAGAGAGAUUCAAACUACCGUGGUUACUUUGGAGACUAUGCUCACAGUAAUCAUAAUACUUAUGCACCCUAAUAACGCUCAUUGGGAUUAGAAAUGCAACAUGUAUUUACGUGUUGCUGUCCUCGAUAGUUGAGUUGAUGAUGUAGGACUCUGGUUAGCCCACCAAAGAUCUCAAUGUCCUUGGUAGAGUUUCUGGUCGUAGUGGUGGUUAGAAUGGAUACUUCAGAUGUACCAGCGGUUGUCUGAGAGGGAUUGUCCUCUAUCUCCUGUCUUUAGUGAAAGUUCUCUAGACGACUAUACAUGCCAGCUGCAGACUGAAAUGAUAAGGUCUAGUGCAUUGUCUUCUUCUUCACCUCGUGUAGCGGUUGAGAGUUUCAGAGUUUCUCCAUUUCAAACGUGUGGACUAAAGUCUCACGUUUUCUGGUCAUUCUAGUCUAACCAUUUUGUAACGUGUAGCUUCAGCUUCACGCUUCUUGGUCUUGUAGAGUGUCAACCAUUUUAAGCCGUGGGGCUUACUGGUCUAGUAGAAAUUCAACAAUUUGCAACGUUUGGCUCAGGCUUCACAUCUGCUGGUCUGAGGUGAAUUUCGUCACAAGGCUUUGUAUGCACUCGGGGUAAAAGGGGCGUUCCAUCAUGUUUGUGCUCAUCUGGAUGUGGCCACUGACUGAGAACAAAUCAAUAUGGAAAACAAUCAAAUCAUCUAGAAUGCCAAAAUCACAUUGUAAUCUUCACUGACUGCCACUGCUAUACACAUUUGUAAACAGGCCAUUUUACGCAGUGGUUACAAUGGACAGAGGUGGCGAAUCUGGCGAUAUUGCCAGGAUGGUUGAUUGAGUAUAUUGGCUAAUAAUUCCGAAGUGUCAAUUAUAUUGGACUUUCAGGCAAUUCAGUAUUUGAAUUUGCAUUUUAGCAAUUUAACUCCUGAAUUGAAUGAAUGUUCCACAGUGAUACAAUACUAGACUCUCUUUUUGUUUCAGGCUGUGUGGACGCAUCUUCUGCUACUACUGCAGUAACAACUUUGUGAUGACCAAGCACAGUGGGAAGAAGGAGCGUUGCUGUAGGGAGUGUUACACCCAGCACAGCGCUGUGGUGGAGAGGUUCACAGAGGGUGAGCUGAGCCCCUCCGACACCCAGCCACCUCCCCCUGGAAUUGGGCCUCACUCACUCCCCGAACCAGCCCCCUACAAACCUACUCCCAGGGUUACAGGUGAGAUAUAGAUGUUCACACAUAUGCACACGCACAUACACGCAUAUACACGUACACACUCCUAGUAUGCACACUCAAAAACCCACACAUACAAAUACAUGCUCACACACACACACUUGCAAAGGCCUUUUUCACACUCAGACAAAAGGGACACGGUUUUAAGCAAACCCACAUAAGAAAAAUCGAUUGAAAAACACAAUUCGUCACAAUUACUCUGGCCUUCUUUCAAGGCAGUGUAAAGUGGUUUUAUGUUGAAUAGGAAAGUCAUAACAGGUACUGAAACGAGAGCAGCCUCUGUAACCUGUGGAAUAAGAACAGAAACCUUUUGGUAUUCUUAACCAUUCUAGUGGUAUACUUCUGUUUACCUUGUUCUGAGCAAAAGAGGAAAGGGCGCUAGGUGCCACCUCAAUUCAAAUUUCUUAAUCUCCCUUCUGCUUUACUGCUUUCAUUUAUUUUAUAUUGAAAAUGGCAAAACUCACAGCAGAGGUUGCCUUGGCAAUCAUCUGCCUUGUUUUGUCACAUCAUUGUACUGGGAAGGGAAAAUGUACGAAUACUACAGAAAUGUAAUUUCAAAAAUCUUUAUAUUCCUCAAAAGGGAAGUUCUGUUUUGGACGGUUAUAGAACAGCAAAGCCCAAUGACAUGCAUCAUCAUCACACAUACAAAACCUGACAGACAGGAUAAGAUAAGAAGUUCAAAGAGAUAGGCUAUCAGAACUCAGGAUAAGACCCAGAUGCAGACUCACAGAUCACAGAUGUUUAUUAACAAAACAGGGGGCAGGCAGACGACAGGUCAAGGGCAGGCAGAGGUCGGUAAUCCAGGGCAGAGUCAGUAAGGGACAGAACGGCAGGCAGGCUCAGGGUCAGGGCAGGCAGAGGUCAGUAAUCCAGGGCAGUGUCAGACAGGUACAUACGGCAGGCAGGCUCAGGGUUAGGGCAGGCAGAGUGGUCAAAACCUGAAAAACUAGAACAACUGGGGCUAGGGAGAAACAGGAGUACUGGAAAAACAUGCUAGUAGGCUUUGUUGAGACAAGACGAACUGGCAACAGACAAACAGAAAACAGGAGAAAAGUGGGAUGUAUACGGAGGGUGCGGGGCACAGAAGACGAACAGCAGAGGGGCUAAGGAUCUUAGAGAUGGGGAAAGUGCUGAUAAAACGGGGGGAAAGUUUGCAGGACUCCGGAGGGGCAGAGUGGAGUGGACAGCCAUACCCUCUGCCCGAGACAAUAACGGGGAGCCGGGGUCCGGUGGCGGUCCGCCUGUCAUUGAUACCUGGAGGUGGUCUUGAGAAGAGCAGACCGGGCUCUCUUCCAGGUACGGCAACAGCGGUGGAAGAACAUCUGGGCCAAGGGUAUGUUGACCUCUUGCUCAGGGAAGAGCGGGGGCUGAUAACCCAUCGAACACUUGAAAGGCGAGAGACCAGUGGCUGAGCAGGGGAGGGUGUUGCGUGCGUAUUCUACCCACACGAGUUGCUGGCUCCAGGUGGUGGGGUUGGCGGAGACGAGGCAACGAAGAGUUGUCUCCAGGUCCUGAUUGGCUCGCUCCGACUGGCCGUUAGACUGGGGGUGAAACCCGGAGGACAGGCUGGCCGACGACCCAAUGAGUGUGCCUUCCUGAACCGGGACGAAAACUGAGGACCCCGGUCGGGGACCCUGUCCACCGGAAGUCCAUGGAUCCGGAAGACAUGCUGGGCCGUCUCCUUGGCAGAGGGUAGCUUGGGGAGGGGAAUGAAAUGGGCGGCUUUGGAAAACCUGUCCACCACCGUGAGGAUAGUGGUGUUGAAGAGGUUGAAGGAGGCCAGCCGGAGCUUGCCGAGGAGUCGGCGGCGAACGCAGAGAUGUCAGGGACCAUGGUGGGCCACUAAAAGCGUUGUUGCACAAAGGCCAGGGUCUGACGGGAGCCAGGGUGGCAGGCAAGCCUGGAGGAAUGAGCCCAUUCCAGGACCUGGGAGCGGACAGCGUCUGGGACAAGCAUCCGGUUAGCCGGGCCCCCCGCCUCACGGACCUGGUUCUCUAUUCCCCAGAUGAGUGUAGCCGCCAGACACGAGGUAGGAAGGAUGGUCCCGGGGUUCGAGGGUGUAGCAGCGGGGCAAUAGCGGCGUGAAAGCGCAUCCGGCUUAACAUUCUUGGACCCCGGGCGGUAGGAGAUGGUAAAGUUGAACCGGGUGAACAGCAUGGCCCAUCGAGCUUGCCUGGAGUUGAGACGCUUGGUGGUGCGGAGAUAUUCCAGGUUCUUGUGAUCCGUCCACACAAUGAAUGGAUGUUCCGCCCCCUCUAACCAGUGCCUCCACUCCUCCAAUGCCAUCUUCACCGCGAGUAGUUCUCGAUUCCCCCAUCAUAAUUCCUCUCAGUGGCGUUAAGACGAUGGGAGAAGAAAGUGCAGGGAUGCAGCUUAAGGUCCAGGGCAGAACGCUGUGACAGGACGGCCCCCACUCCGACAUCCAAAGCGUCUACCUCCACCACGAACUGACGGGACGGGUCCGGAUGGAUUAAUAUGGGAGCUGUGGUGAAGCGGUGCUUAAGGUCCAGGAACGGCCGGUCAGCAGCUUGGGACCACGUGAAUGGGACCCUGGGAGAGGUGAGUGCUGAAAGGGGGGAAGCCAGGGUGCUGUAACCUCGGAUAAAAUGGCGAUAGAAAUUGGAAAAUCCAAAGAAGCUUUGCAGCUGCACUCUGGAUGUGGGUUGGGGCCAUUCCACCACCGCUCUCACCUUUCCGGGAUCCAUCUGCACAUUACCAGCAGCGAUGAUGUAUCCAAGGAUGGUGGAGCGAUGGAAUUCGCAUUUUUCUGCUUUGACAAAAAGCUGGUUCUCCAAGAGACGCUGGAGGACCUGUCGGACGUGGAGAACAUGUUCUUGAGCUGAGCGGGAAAAGACGAGGAUGCCGUCGAAGGUAGACGAACACGAACCGGUUCAACAUGUCGCGAAGAACGUCAUUAAUCAGGGCCUGGAACACAGAAGGAGUGUUGGUCAGACCGAAUGGCAUCACCAAGUAUUCGUAGUGUCCGCUAGCAGUGUUGAAGGCUGUCUUCCACUUGUCACCUUCCCGUAGGCGUUCCGCAGGUCCAACUUAGAGAAAAUAGUGGCCCCCUGGAGCGGCUCGAAAGCCGAGGCGAUGAGAGGUAGCGGGUAGCGGUUCUUAACCGUGAUGUCAUUGAGGCCCCGGUAGUCGAUGCACGGGCGGGGGAGGCAGAAGGACGGAUACAUCCUGCAGCCAGGGAGUCCUCAAUGUACGUCUCCAUAGCCUUGGUCUCCGGACCCGACAGUGAAUACAGCCUUCCCCGGGGUGGUGUAGUGCCCGGGAGAAGGUCGAUCCCGCAGUCAUAGGGUCGAUGCGGAGGAAGCGAAGUGGCCUGGGCCUUGCUGAAAACCUCCCGGAGGUCCUGGUACUCCGCGGGAACGGCAGAGAGGUCCGAGGCUUCUUCCGAGCCCACAGGAAGACGUCCCGGGGCAGGCUGGGCCGACUUCAGGCAAUGGGCGUGGCAGAACGGGCUACAGCCCAUGAUAGCACCAGCAGUCCAGUUGAUAAGGGGAUUAUGUCGCUGGAGCCAAGAAAACCCCAAUACCACAGGAACCUGAGGAGACUUGAUGAGCAUGAACUGCAUUGACUCACUCUGUGGUUCCCUGACACUCGCAGGUUGAUAGGAGUGGUAUUGUGGGUGACUCUGCCUAAAGAGCACCCAUCCAGCGCUCUAACGUCCAUGGGAACGGAGAGGGGCUGAGUGGGGAUGCCCAGCUCUGACACCAGGGUUGCGUCCAUGAAACUCUCAUCAGCCCCAGAGUCAAUGAGAACCCGGAGAGAUUUCGUUGCUGCCCAUCGAUCCAGAUGGUCAAGGCGAUGAGCGAGUCGAGAUCCGUAGGCAGCUACCGGGCUGCGAGCUCGUCUUUAACCUCCUCUGAUAAUCCAUGAAGGAACGUGUCGAACAGGGAUUCCGGGUUCCAGGCACUCUCGGCAGCCAAAGUGUGGAAAUCAACCGCAUAGUCCGCCACACUGCGGGAGUGUGGUGAAACCGAUCAGGGUGUGACAUAGGCUAGUAAGAACAUCAAGAGAAAAGCCUUGGUGAUCACAAUCUGUUGAACAUAAAAACAUAAUGUGAUCUCUAUGGCUUUUCUCUGUGUAAAAUGUGUGUGAUUGCCUGGUAUAACCUGGGUACAGGUAUGACUUCCUGCUCCUGUUAUGUAUUAGUCAGCUCUUAUAAAGGCUUUAUGAAUGCAUACAUAAAGGAUACAGUAAAGUGUUACAAGUACAUGUCUGGUUUGACCUCCUGUUUCCUGUGCAGUGUCGGACCCCAGCGCCAAGUCUGAUGACGUGGCCUAUGACAUCAUCACAGAGAAGGAAGCGAACGGGAUCUAUGACAGCGACUCGCUGUCCCAAACCACAGGGGGUUCACUGGAGGGGGAGCAGGACACAAGGCCACUGGGGGCGCUAGUC